AUCUAUGAUAAUCAUAAUUUCGUCCCAUCGUGUUUGGCUGUUACCGGCGCCGUGUCGUUUCGGUGCUCUGUUUUAAUUUUUUUCCACAAUUCUCUGGUCGCUCCACCAUGCAAAAUUUGUGCAAAGUUGAAUUGCUGUACGGCAAACUGCUGUGCAAGACUAAGGCCAUAAACCAGCAACCGGUUAGGUACACUAGAAAACCCAGAUGGUUGCCGAAAGCGCCGACCAAAAUGUUCCGCGUGCCCGUUCGACCACAGAUUUCCACCGAAGAGAAUAAUGAACUGUUCCGACUGUACACCAACUACAGGACUACCAUGAAAUCCAUACAGAAACAACUGGAAUUUGAACUGGAGACAUCGUAUACGGGUCAAGAGGUGUUGCAAGAAAUCGCCAAUAAAGAAGAAAUGUUAUGGGCGAAAUGCAUGGAUGUCAACGACAAUUGGAAUGCCGAAGUGGCCUUAGAACGGGAACAGAGGUUGGCAAAUGAACGUGAAGCCCGGCGUGAAGAAAUUUUAGCUCAACUCAUAGAAAAAGAAGAAGAUAAAAAGAAAAAACUGGCAGCGGUUGAGGAAAUCAUCCGAUUAGAAAAGGAAAAAUCAAAAACUUAUAUAACCGUUGAAAACAUAGAUGAAGCUAUUGAAAAGGCCCUGGAUAAUGUGGUUGAUCAUAAAUAUGCUUUAGAUUUAGCUGGUAAUAUCCUCAAAGGUAAUGAUCCAAACGAACCAACUACAGGAACAAUGAGCUCUCAUACACUGCGAGUCCAGUCAAUCAACUAAUUUGUGUUAAUUUUUUAUUUUACGUAAACAUGUACAAAUAUAAUAUAUAUAUUUUUUUUCUAAUGAGAACAUGUAAUUUAGUUGUCUAGUUGUUGUGAAUAUUGUUCUAAUAAGUAAAUUGAACAAUAAGAAUGUCA